AUGGAAGGCAAGGAAACCGAUCAGCACAGGUAAUAUUCUGCUUUCGGACUUUCCUCAUUGUGUUAUUUUUUCAGGCAGAUGAAGCGAAUCGCGGUUUUCGCGAUCACUUUGUCCACGGCGGCAGUCAUCUGCUCCGUGCUGACGCUUCCGUUGCUGUACACCUACGUUCAGGGUCUGCAGAGCGAAAUCAUCGUCGAAACUGACUUCUGCAAGGUUGAAUCUUCUCACGUGCUAGAUAAUUUUGGAGCUUUAAUGUUUUGAUUUUUUUUUUUGAUAAUUCAAUAAGCCCGUUUCUAAAACAUUGCCUGCAUUAGAAAAAAAUUCAAAGAAAAUUUGGAAUACAGUUACCGAACCUUUUUUUCACAGUGGUUGAUGAUUUAGUUCUGAAAAAAAUUUGUUCUCUUUCUGGUUUUUCUUUUUAUAUUUUCAGUGGAGCGGAUGUUUCAAAAAAAUCCUAGUACUCCUUUAUCAAAAAAACCCAGUUUCCGACAUUUCGAAAAAAACUUUUUGAAAAUUACUAUCAAGAAAAACAAACGAACAUCUAUUAUUCAAAACCUAUUUUUGAAAAAACAAAAAAAGUGUUUUUUGAAAAUAUUCAUCAAUCGAAACCAACCUUUCAGCUCCGAUCGCGAGAUUUGCUCGUCAACAUGUACCAAAUGGCCCCUCAACAGCGUGUCAAGAGAGGUUGGCUUUUCGGUCAGUGGGUCCCUGACAGCGGAACUGGAGGUGGUGCCGGCAACGCUGAAUACGGAGCUCCAGCAACCGAACAGGCCUACGCUCCAGCUCCAGCUCCAUCCAACAAUGGUGGAUACGGACCAGUCGUCAAUGCUGAGCCGGCUCCUCAGUGCUGCACUUGCCAGCAAGGUAUUUUACUAUCUCUUUUUGGAUUCCUACUUUCAAAACCUAAGGACGAGCUGGACCUCCCGGACCACCCGGAGAUGACGGACACGAUGGUAAAGAUGGAAACCAAGGAGACGACGCGAAGAACGGCAAAGUUGAAAACACUUUUGUUUCCUAGUUGAUUUAUCAAUUAAGGACGGCGGUGUCGCUCCUUCUGAUGGUCUUCAAGGAGAGCCUUGCAUCAUCUGCCCACCUGGCCCACAAGGAGCUAUCGGAAACGCCGGACCAAAAGGUCCCCAAGGACCUCGCGGAUCUCCAGGACUUGCUGGCAUCGAUGGCCGUCGUGGAGAGCCAGGAAUGGUUGGACCUGCCGGACUUGACGGAGAGCCAGGUGUCCAGGGACCACAAGGAAAGAAAGGAGAAGAUGGACGCGUCAUCAACGUAUGAUCCAUUCAUAAUUUUGAUCUCACCCUCUGUAACUCAGAUCAACGGCCCACAAGGACCACCCGGAGCCCCUGGAGAGGCUGGACGCAAAGGAGAACAAGGACCAAAAGGACGUCGUGGAAACUCUAUUCCUGGACCUCAGGGACCAGCAGGAGACCAAGGACGCAAGGUGAGAAUUCAAAAAAAAUCAUGAAUUUUUUGAAUGAAAAUUUUUAUAGGGACGUCCCGGACACAAGGGAGAAGCCGGAGCUCCAGGUGGCCUCGGAUCCAAGGGACCUAAUGGAGACUGCUUCCACUGCCCAACUCCGCGUACCCCACCAGGCUAUUAA